CCAUUGGCUCAGUACGUGAGUUUGCCGAAUUAUCGGCUAACUCACGGAGCUAAUUUCGUCAGAAUAAAGAUGUUUUAGCUGGUUUAUUUUGUUCCAUAUUGGCUCCAGCAUUGUCAACAGCUCAGCGAUUUGGCUUUUAACCUCACAGUUCGAUGUACACAUGUUUACAGUCAGUCAGUAGGCAACAACAAUAACAAGUAAACAGAACGAAGAAAAACUUGAAGAAAUUAUACACAAAAAUAAAUUUCGAACGAAAACUUUAUAUUGCUGAGGUAAAACAGGACUUAAAUUUUUAAUUUGAUGUAAAAUAUCGUAUAAUUAAGACGAAAAACAAUUUAAAAACAAACAAAUUUGUUGAAAAUAGACGGAGAAAAAAAAAAGUAGACGUCCAAUUUGACAGGUGUUGCCAUAUUGAUUGGAUAUCCGCUCGCUAAACACAUCAACUUUGCUCAUUUAGUGAUUCGUACUAGGUGGAUUGAAAAGUCGGACUUUUUGAAUGAAAACACAUUUUUUCGCAAAAUUUCAUUUUAUUUCUCAAUAUAGGCUCCUUUUAGCACAAUACAGCGAGCCCAACGAUCUUCCAACUUUUGGAUGCCUGCUAAAUAGUACGAUUUGUCCCAAAAUAGCUAUCUGUUUCGAACUCGACUUCUUCAUUGUUGUAAGAACGCCUUCCACAAAGCCAUCUUUUGAGGUUUGGGAACAGGUAGUAAUCACUGGGGGCGAGGUCAGAAGAAUACGGCGGGUGCGGAAGCAAUUCGAGGCCUAACUCGUGCUUUUUGGCCAUUGCAACCAUCGAUGUGUGCGAUCAAAAGAGGAUUUUUUUCUUCUUCAUAUGGGGCCGUUUCGAUGCAAUUUCGACGACCAAUCGAUCCAACAAUGCAGCAUAAUAUGCGCCAGUAAUCGUCCUUCGUUUUUGGAGGUAGUCGAUGAAGAUUAUUCCGUGCGCAUCCCAAAACAAACUGGCCAUUACCUUCCCCGCCCAUUGUUGCGUUUUUGGCCCCUUUGGCGGCGGUGAACCAUGUUCCGUCCACUCUCUGGCCUGUUGACUGGACUCCGGAGUGUAGUGAAUUUUUACUAUUUUACUGAUCACUUUAAUUGCGAUAGUAAUAUUCAACUAAAAAAACUCACUCCGGUUGCCGUUAAAAUAGGCCAAAUUGGCUUGAGAAGUGGUUACACGAAUGCGUUUCAGCAAACGCGGCACCCAUCUUGCGCAUAGCUUAUUCAUAUGCAAAUGUUCAUGCAAUAUGUUAAGCACCCGUUCAUAUGAGACGUUUACAGUCUCAACUAACUCACGCACUUUCAUUUUCGGAUGAUUUAACACCAGAUCAUGUAUUUUGUCUAUCAUUUUUGGGGUAGUAACCACAUUUGGACGACCUGGGCGAGCUGCGUCUUCGGUGCUCGUGCGACCACACUUAAAUUCAGUAAACCACUUGUGGACCAUUUUAUGAGAUGGUGCGGAGUCCGGAUAAUACUUUUUAAGCGCCAUUCCGAUCUGAGCGAUGGUUUUUCCACGCAGAAAAUAGUGUUUAAUCAACACACGAAAUUCACUUUUUUCCAUGUUUACACAAAUGUUUGGGGGUUGGUUGCUCGGAUUUGGCUCCAAUUUUGACAGCUGUCUUCUGAAGGAUGGAACUUAUCAAAAACCAUUAGGAUUUUGUAUCAGUGUCUUCCUCUUAUAGAAAAGUACCUGACAUAUCGAUCCACCUAGUACUCCAGUACAUACUUACGAAAUCUCACAUCAAUAUGUGGAUCUGGCCAGUUUUGUGAUCGCUUCCAGCACUAAAAUUGACUUUAUUGAAGUAUGUUCUCUCAAUUUCGAAAUCCGAUAAGAAAUUCGGAAUUUUCGCACCAGUUCGGUUCAGAUUUUUUGGAAUAAAAGUUUGUAUAUUUAUUUUGAAAUUAUCAUGAUUUAUCGCCAAUUUUUGAAAAACUACAGAAUGUUUAAUUCCAGAGUAAUUUUGUUGCGCCUAUAACGUAUGCCAUUUUUAGGCUUAUCAAAAGGUGUUGGAUUCAUACGUUUUGAUCAGCGCUGUGAAGCAGAACGAGCCAUUAAAGAACUUAAUGGAACAAUACCGAAGAAUUCCAAUGAAGCGAUCACAGUCAAGUUUGCCAAUAACCCAAGCAGUAAUAAAACAAUGGCACCAUUAGCUGCUUAUCUAACACCACAAACAACUCGUCGUGGAUUUCCUGGUCCAAUUCACCAUGCAACUGGUCGAUUUAGAUAUAGUUUGGCAUCUUCCAGAUACUCUCCACUGACUAAUGAUAUUUUGGCUAAUUCAAUGCUAUCAUCAAAUCCAAUAAAUGGCUCGGGCUGGUGCAUUUUUGUAUACAAUUUAGCACCAGAAACUGAAGAAAAUGUUCUUUGGCAAUUAUUUGGACCGUUUGGCGCUGUACAAUCAGUUAAA